CACCGCGCGCCGUGCCCGCCUGCCCACCUACCUUCCCGCUGCUCCAGAGGGGCCUCGCAGAGCUGAGGACGCGCGCGGCGCUGCUCAAGUCUCUCUCUCAGCACCCUCGCCGGCCGGCAUCUGACACGGGUGCCAGGGGGCUCCGGGCGCCUUUCAGUGUCCCUUCCCUAGGCCGGCCGGGACUCCGCAACCCAGACGCUGCCGCUGCGGCCACCGCCCGAGGGGACCUGCGGACAGGACGCCGGCAGGAGGAGGGGUGCGCAGCGCCCUCCCAGAGCGUCUCCCCCUCUGCGCGGCGAGACCCGGGCCUCCUGGCCCCAGGAGACCCCGCCGCCUCGCCAAGUGUACGGGACUGAAGUUCUUGGAGAAGGGAGCCCAACUCUUCAAGGUGAACUAUGACCACUUUACUCUUCGUGUUUGUGACUCUGAGGGUCAUCGCGGCAGCCAUCUCAGUAGAAGUUUCAGACCCUGACAGCUCGCUGAGUGUCAGCAUCCCUGAACCGUCCCCGCUGCGGGUCCCCCUGGGGAGCUCCCUCACCAUCCCCUGCUACUUCAUCGACCCCAUGCACCCCGUGACCACCGCCCCCUCCACCGCCCCCCUCACCCCAAGAAUCAAGUGGAGCUGUAUUUCCAAGGAGAAGGAGCUGGUGCUGCUGGUGGCGACUGAAGGGCAGGUGCGGGUUAACAGUGCCUACCAAGACAGGGUCACGCUACCCAACUACCCGGCCAUCCCCAGCGAUGCCACCCUGGAAAUCCAGAACCUGAGCUCCAAUGACUCUGGGAUCUAUCGCUGCGAGGUGAUACAUGGCAUCGAGGACAGCGAGGCCACCCUGGAGGUCGUGGUGAAAGGCAUCGUGUUCCAUUACAGAGCCAUCUCCACACGCUACACCCUGGACUUCGACAGGGCGCAGCGGGCCUGCCUGCAGAACAGCGCCAUCAUCGCCACGCCCGAGCAGCUGCAGGCCGCCUAUGAGGACGGCUUCCACCAGUGCGACGCCGGCUGGCUGGCAGACCAGACUGUCAGGUACCCCAUCCACACUCCAAGGGAAGGCUGCUAUGGGGACAAGGAUGAGUUUCCCGGCGUAAGAACCUACGGCAUCCGUGACACCAAUGAAACCUAUGACGUGUACUGCUUCGCAGAGGAGAUGGAGGGCGAGGUCUUUUAUGCAACAUCCCCGGAGAGGUUCACCUUCCAGGAGGCAGCCAAUGAGUGCCGGCGGCUGGGUGCCCGGCUGGCCACCACGGGCCAGCUCUACCUGGCCUGGCAGAGUGGCAUGGACAUGUGCAGCGCCGGCUGGCUGGCCGACCGCAGCGUGCGCUACCCCAUCUCCAAGGCCCGGCCCAACUGCGGGGGCAAUCUCUUGGGCGUGAGGACCGUCUACCUGCACGCCAACCAGACGGGAUACCCCGACCCCUCAUCCCGCUACGACGCCAUCUGCUACACAGGUGAAGACUUUGUGGACAUCCCAGAAGAUUUCUUCGGGGUGGGUGGUGAGGAGGACAUCACCAUCCAGACGGUGACCUGGCCUGAUGUGGAGCUGCCUUUGCCCCGAAACAUCACCGAGGGUGAAGCCCGAGGCAGCGUGAUCCUCACGGUGAAACCCGUCUUUGACGUCACCCCUACCGCCCUGGAGCCCGAGGAGCCCUUCACUUUUGCCCCCGAAGUAGGGGCCACCACCUUCUCUGAGGCCGAGAACAGGACUGAAGAGGCUACCCAGCCCUGGGCCUUUCCCGAGGAGUCCACAUCUGGCCUGGGCGCUCCGACAGCCUUCACCAGCGAGGACCUCGUCGUGCAGGUGACUGCAGCCCCAGGUGCAACCGAGGUCCCUGGGCAGCCACGACUGCCAGGGGGAGUUGUGUUCCACUACCGCCCGGGCUCCUCCCGCUACUCACUGACCUUUGAGGAGGCCCAGCAGGCCUGCCUGAGCACCGGGGCCGUCAUCGCCUCACCCAAACAGCUCCAGGCCGCCUAUGAAGCAGGCUACGAGCAGUGUGACGCCGGCUGGCUGCAGGACCAGACCGUCAGAUACCCCAUUGUGAGCCCACGGACCCCGUGUGUGGGUGACAAGGACAGCAGCCCGGGGGUCCGGACCUAUGGCGUGCGACCACCAUCAGAAACCUACGAUGUCUACUGCUACGUGGACAGACUCGAUGGGGAGGUGUUCUUCGCCACACGUCUGGAGCAGUUCACCUUCCAGGAAGCACAGGAGUUCUGUGAAUCCCAAAACGCCACACUGGCCACCACGGGCCAGCUCUAUGCUGCCUGGAGCCAAGGCCUGGACAAGUGCUACGCCGGCUGGCUAUCUGACGGCAGCCUCCGCUACCCCAUCGUCACCCCAAGGCCUGCCUGCGGCGGGGACAAGCCAGGUGUGAGAACCGUCUAUCUCUACCCCAACCAGACAGGCCUCCUGGACCCGCUGUCCCGGCACCACGCCUUCUGCUUCCGAGGCAUCUCGGCGGCGCCCUCUCCAGGAGAAGAGGAGGGUAGCGCACCCACAGAGCUCCCUGAGGUGGAAGACUGGAUCGCUACUGAAGUGGGGCCCAGCGUGGCUGCGGUCCCUGUUGGGGAGGAGACGACUGCAAUCCCAGAAUUCACCACUGAGCCAGAAAACCAGACGGAAUGGGAGCCCGCCUACACGCCAGCGGGCACUUCCCCACUGCCAGAGAUCCCUCCUACGUGGCUUCCCACUAGCGCAGCAACAGAGGAGAGCACAGAAGGCCCUUCUGCAACGGAAGUGCCCUCAGCCUCGGAGGAGCCAUUGCCCUCAGAAAAGCCGUUGCCCUCAGAAGAACCAUUCCCCUCAGAGGAGCCAUUCCCCUCAGAGGAACCAUCCACACUUACAGCUCCAGUGCCCAGCAGGACUGAGCUGCCAGGCUCUGGGGAGGUAUCUGGGGUGCCUGAAGUCAGUGGUGACUUCACAGGCAGUGGAGAAAUUUCAGGACACCUAGAGUCCAGUGGGCAGCCCUCAGGGGAAAUUGCAAGUGGACUGCCCUCUGAAGACCUUGACUUCAGUGGGCUCACCUCUACAGUGGUCUCAGGCCUGCCUGUGGAAAGCGGACUGGCUUCAGGAGAUGAAGAUAGAAUUACGUGGACCAGCACUCCUGAAGUUGACAGGUUGCCCUCUGGAGGUGAGGUCCCAGAGGGCUCUGUCUCUGGAGUAGGGGACCUCAGUGGACUGCCUUCUGGAGAAGGUCCAGAAGUCUCUGCUUCUGGAGUAGGGGACAUCAGUGGACUUCCUUCUGGAAGAGAGGACCUAGAGACCUCUGUCUCUGGAGUAGAGGACCUCAGUGGACUUCCUUCUGGAGAAGGUCCAGAAGUCUCUGCCUCUGGAGUAGGGGACCUCAGUGGACUUCCUUCUGGAGGAGAGGACCUCAGUGGACUUCCUUCUGGAGAAGGUCCAGAAGCCUCUGCCUCUGGAAUAGAGGAUCUCAGCAGACUUCCUUCUGGAGAAGGUCCAGAAGCCUUUGCCUCUGGAGUAGAGGACCUUAGUGGACUUCCUUCUGGAAGAGAGGGUCUAGAGACCUCUGCCUCUGGGGUAGGGGACCUCAGUGGGCUUCCUUCUGGAGAAGGUCCAGAAGCCUCUGCCUCUGGAGUAGGGGACAUCAGUGGACUUCCUUCUGGAGGAGAGGGUCUAGAGACCUCUGUCUCUGGAGUAGAGGACCUCAGUGGACUUCCUUCUGUAGGUGAGGAUCAUCUAGAGACCUCUGCUUCUGGAGUAGGGGACCUUAGUGGACUUCCUUCUGGAAGGGAAAGUCUGGAGAUCUCUGCUUCUGGAGCUGAGGAUCUUAGUGGGUUGACUUCUGGAAAAGAAGACUUGAUUGGGUCAGCUUCUGGAGUCUUGGACCUUGGCAGAAUACCUUCUGGAACUCUAGGAAGUGGGCAAGCUCCAGAAGCAAGUGGCCUUCCCUCUGGAUUUAGUGGUGAGUAUUCUGGGGUGGACCUUGGAAGUGGCCCAUCUUCUGGCCUUCCUGACUUCAGUGGACUUCCAUCUGGGUUCCCAACUGUCUCCCUAGUGGAUACUACAUUGGUGGAAGUGGUCACAGCCACCACUGCAGGUGAACUAGAAGGAAGGGGAACCAUUGGCAUCAGUGGUGCUGGAGAAACAUCUGGGCUGCCCUUCAGUGAGUUGGACAUUAGUGGAGGAGCAAGCGGACUCUCUUCAGGAGCUGAACUCAGUGGCCAGGCAUCUGGGUCUCCUGACAUCAGUGGGGAAACAUCUGGACUCUUUGGUGUCAGUGGACAGCCAUCAGGGUUUCCUGACAUUAGUGGGGGAACAUCUGGGCUUUUCGAAGUCAGUGGGCGGCCAUCAGGGUUUUCUGGGGAAACAUCUGGUGUGACUGAGCUUAGUGGACUGUCCUCCGGACAACCAGAAAUCAGUGGAGAAGCUUCUGGAGUUCUUUCUGGCAUUGGUCCACCAUUUGGCAUAACUGACCUGAGUGGAGAAACGUCCGGGAUCCCUGAUCUCAGUGGGCAGCCAUCAGGGUUACCAGGGUUCAGUGGGACAACAUCCGGAAUCCCUGACCUGGUUUCCAGUGCUGUGAGUGGCAGUGGUGAAUCUUCUGGCAUUACAUUCGUGGACACCAGUUUGGUUGAAGUGACCCCAACUACAUUUAAAGAAGAAGAAGGUUUAGGGUCCGUGGAACUCAGUGGCCUCCCUUCAGGAGAGGCAGAUCUCUCAGGCACAUCUGGGAUAGUGGAUGUCAGUGGACUAUCUUCUGGAGUAAUUGACUCCAGUGGGUUUACACCCCAGCCUCCGGAAUCCAGUGGCCUGCCAAGCAGAGUAGCUGAGGUCAGUGGCGAGUCCUCUGGAGCUGAGAGUGGGAGCAGCCUGCCCUCCGGAGAAUAUGACGGCCGUGGACUUCCAUCUGGUUUCUCCACUGUCUCUCUUGUAGACAGAACUUUGGUGGAAUCUGUAACCCAGGCUCCAACAGCCCAAGAAGCAGGAGAAGGGCCUUCGGGCAUUUUGGAACUUAGUGGUGCCCCUUCUGGGGCACCAGACAUGUCCGGAGACCAUUCGGGACUUUUGGACCGAAGUGGACUUCAGUCUGGACUGGUAGAGCCCAGUGGAGAGCCAUCAAGUACUCCAUAUUUUAGUGGGGACUUUUCUGGCACCACUGAUGUAAGCGGAGAAUCCUCUGCACCCACGAGCACAAGUGGGGAGGCCUCAGGACUUCCAGAAGUUACUUUAAUCACUUCUGAGUUCGUGGAGGGUGUUACUGAACCAACUGUUUCCCAGGAACUGGGCCAAAGACCCCCUGUAACAUACACCCCCCAGCGUUUUGAGUCCAGUGGAGAAGCCUCUGCCUCUGGAGAUGCACCAAGGUUCCCCGGGUCUGGGGUAGAAGCAUCAUCAGUCCCAGAAUCUAGCAGCGAGACGUCCGCCUAUCCUGAGGCUGAGGUGGGAGCAUCUGCUGCCCCCGAGGCCAGCGGAGGCACUUCCAGGUCCCCUGAUCUGAGUGAAACCACCUCCGCCUUCCAUGAAGCUGAUCUGGAGGGAGCCUCAGGCCUGGGAGUGAGAGGUAGCACCUCAGCCUUUCAGGAAGGCCCCAGGGAGGGCUCGGCUGCCCCGGAAGUGAGUGGAGAGUCAACCACCACCUAUGAUGUGGGCACAGAGGCAUCAGGUUCACCUUCGGCUACUCCCGUGGCUUCUGGAGACAGGACUGAAAUCAGCAGAGACCUGUCUGGUCACACCUCGGGGUUGGAUGUUGUCAUCAGCACCACCAUCCUGGAAUCCAAGUGGACUCAGCAGACCCAGAGCCCUGCAGAGGCGCAUCCAGAAAUCGAGUCCUCAAGCCCCGUGCACUCAGGAGAAGAGACCCAAACAGCCGAAAUACCCACCUCCCCAACUGAUGCUUCCAUCCCAACCUCUCCAGGAGGGACAGAUGAAUCAGAGGCAACCAUGGCAGACGUUGACGAGUGCCUCGCAAGCCCUUGUCUGAAUGGAGCCACCUGCGUGGACGCCAUCGACUCUUUCACAUGCUUAUGCCUUCCCAGCUACCAAGGGGACCUGUGUGAGAUCGACCAGAAGCUGUGUGAGAAGGGCUGGACCAAGUUCCAGGGCCACUGUUACCGCCACUUCCCCGACCGGGCGACCUGGGUGGACGCCGAGGGCCAGUGCCGGAAGCAGCAGUCCCACCUGAGCAGCAUCGUCACCCCUGAGGAGCAGGAGUUUGUCAACAACAAUGCUCAGGACUAUCAGUGGAUCGGCCUGAAUGACAAGACCAUCGAAGGAGACUUCCGCUGGUCAGAUGGACACUCCUUGCAAUUUGAGAACUGGCGCCCCAACCAGCCUGACAACUUCUUUGCCACUGGGGAGGACUGCGUGGUGAUGAUCUGGCAUGAGAAGGGCGAGUGGAAUGACGUUCCCUGCAAUUACCAGCUGCCCUUCACGUGUAAAAAGGGCACAGUGGCCUGCGGAGAGCCCCCCAUGGUGGAGCACGCCAGGAUCUUCGGGCAGAAGAAGGACCGGUACGAGAUCAAUUCCCUGGUGCGGUACCAGUGCACCGAGGGCUUUGUCCAGCGCCAUGUGCCCACCAUCCGGUGCCAGCCCAGCGGGCACUGGGAGGAGCCUCGGAUCACCUGCACAGACCCCUCCACCUACAAGCGCAGACUACAGAAGCGGAGCUCACGGCCCCUGCGGAGGAGCCGCCCCAGCACGGCCCACUGAGAGGAGCUUCCAGGACGUGCCCAGGAUGCUGAGCCCAGGAGCCUUGCCAGGCUGACAUCCCACAGGGAUGGUGUCCUCUCCUUGUCGCUUUCUGUCAUAUAAGGAAUUCCAUUAAAGAAGGAAAAAAAAUAAAUCCCACAUUGUGUAUGCACCCACCCACCCCCUCAAAUCGCCAAAACUGCAUCUAAUUUUCCUCCCAAAUGCCAAAGCAAAGCAAACGUAUUGUAACCCGUGGACUGAGUUUAGAGACGUUUCUUCAAUCUCCCGUUGUGCCUUUCCAGGGACCAGCGCAGGGACAGGGGGAGAAGGCGAGGGGUUAAGUUAAAUAAAGAAGGUAAUUUUUUGUUUCCUGACUUAUCCAAGAGCAGUGCAAUCGUUGGUUCUUUCACCUCCAGGGAGAGCUAGGGAGGAGGGAGGACGGGGCAGAGGCCUGAGGGCAUGAAGAGUGCGGAACCGCAGCUGAAUGUAUGGGAUGAGACGGAGUAGGAGGGCUGCACCAUCUGUGCGGGGGAGAAGCCUGGGGGAGAGGGGGUGGCUUCCGGCCGCAGGUGAGCGGGCAGGAGAGAGCCAUCGAGGGAUCUUCCAAAGCGUGGGGGUCGGGUUCCCUCCGAGGGUCCCUCUUCCUCUCACCCGGGUCUGCCACCCUAGCAGGUGUCGAUCUCCAUCUCGGCAGGGCUGGGCGGGGGGCAUUUCCUUCCCGGUGGGAGUGCCGCCCAACCCUCCCCCCUCCCUCCCCCACCCCCGGGACCGUGCAGGCACCAGGGUUCCGUGCACCUAUUUAUAUUUUUGAAAACUAAAGAUUAUGAUAAUUAUAAUGAUAAUAAAGACAUUGGAAGAGAUCUA